AAAAAAAAAAAAAAAAAAAAGAGAGAGAAACGAAGAAGAGAAAAAGGGAGUAAAUCUAAAUUAGUUUUCGGUAUUUCAAACAGAUUCAUGCUGUCAUCUUUUGUUCAAAAGAAAGUUAGUGUCAUUUCUUUCUUUUUUUUCUCUCCUUAUGUCCAAUUUAGAGAAUGAUAGACCAUAUAAGAGAAGAAGAACAGAAACUAAACCCUCAAGGAUAAGACAGCUGGUAAAUGUUUGUACUCAACAUUUGGCUACACCCAAUAUACCUAUCAUUAUCUCUAGUUAUUUACGAGUUUUAUUACACGCUACUGGAAUACUGUUUAUUUUGUUUGUGACAUCCAGUUUGAUACAGUCCUUUACAACUGAAAUACGAGCAAGAUAUCAGUCACAAUCAGAAGAAUACGCAGAACAAGCAAGACUAUGUCAUCAAAACUAUAUCAGUCAUCACUGUGGACCAACAUUAAGAGGUGUUACAUGGCAGUCCUUUUGUGAUGAAUGGGACAAAUAUCCUUUAAAAUAUAUAAUACUUUGUCUUUCUUCUCUUUUGUUUACCUUAACUAUAUCAUUUCUACAUGUAGGCAUUAUCAACCUAAAUUGGUAGGCAAGUCAAAGAUAGCAGCACACGCAAUAGGGGAGCUAUUGAAUGGAUUUGUAGAUCCGCUUAGCAUGAAAGCCA